AUGCCUUUCUACCCGCCAUCAUGGGUCCCUCAGCUCCCUGAGAUUCCCGACUCCAUCUCCCUGGAGACAUUCAUGUUUGACGAGAAAUAUGGCCGGUAUCCCAUUCACAGCUCGCGGGCGCCAUUCACAGACGGUCUUACCGGCAGGACUUACAGUAUCUUGGAGGUCAAGCAACGUGUUGACUAUCUCUCGCGCGCGCUCUCACAGGAGCUUGGCUUCAAGGCUCAAGAAGGCACUGAAUGGGACAAGGUUGUCGCGUGCUUCAGUCUAAACACGAUUGACUACCUCACCUUGGCGUGGGCUGUGCACAGACUUGGUGGUAUUUUGUCAUGCGUCAACGCUUCAUACAAUGCCAGCGAGCUUGAGUAUCAGCUAAAAGACUCGGGGGCCAAGGCCAUUUUCACCUGUCUUCCCCUACUUAAAACCACCAUGGAAGGCAUCAAGAAAGUUGGCAUUCCCAAGCAGCGGGUUUUCCUUCACCAGCUGCCUCCGUUGAUCACGGCUGGUCUCUCCAACCCUGGCCACAAAACAACAGAAGACUUGAUUAAAGCCGGUUCCAGUUUGCCUUCCUUCAAACCUGCUGACUCGUACUGGAAGAAAGGCGAUGGCGCAAAGAGGAUAGCAUUCUUGUGCUAUAGUAGUGGAACUUCUGGGCUCCCCAAGGGCGUCAUGAUUGCGCACCGAAAUGUCAUUGCCAAUACUGUGCAGUUCGUGGCAUACGGGCAGCCUAACCGAGAUGCGAUCAAAAAAGAGCUGGGCGUGACUAACUACACAGAAAACUGCUUGGGUCUCUUGCCAAUGUCCCACAUUUACGGCCUAAUCGUUAUAUGCCAUGUUGGUCCAUAUCGUGGAGACGGUGUCGUCGUCCUACCGAAAUACGACUUCAAGAUGCUGCUCCAAGCUAUCCAAGAUUUCAAGAUUGAGAUGCUGUACCUCGUUCCGCCAAUGAUUAUUCACCUAUCCAAGCAGCCGGACAUUGUCAAGCAGUUCGACAUCUCGUCGGUUCGUGCUGUCUUCACAGGAGCCGCGCCGUUGAAGGAAGAUACCGCAAGGGAACUUCUCAAAGCCCUGCCCAGUGUCGUACUCCUCCAGGGCUACGGACUGACGGAGACAUCGACCGUCGUUUGCACCACUGUGCCACAGGAUGUCUGGCUAGGAGGAUCUGGAUCGCUUCUGCCCGGCUUUGUGGCUCGUAUUUUCACGCCAGAAGGUAAAGAAGUCAAGGAGUACAACCAGACUGGUGAGCUUUGGGUGCAUUCUCCGUCAGUGGUUCCAGGCUAUCUGAACAACAAAAAGGCCACUGAUGAGACGUUUGUGACUGCUGACGAUGGGCUGCGAUAUAUGAGGACCGGGGAUGAAGUUCUCAUUGCGAAGAGUGAGAAGGGCAACGAGCACAUCUUUAUUACCGACAGAAUCAAGGAGUUGAUCAAAGUCAAGGGCCAUCAGGUUGCUCCAGCUGAGCUAGAAGGCCACCUUCUCACACACCCGGCGGUGAAUGACUGUGUCGUUAUCGGAAUCCCCGCGGAGCGGGAAGGAGAGGUUCCCAAAGCCUUUGUCGUCAAAACUCCUGGCGUUAAAGUCAGCGAUGGUGAUAUCAUUCAGAGUAUUCUCAAGCAUGUUGCCGACCAUAAGAGUGACUACAAGCGCCUUCGGGGUGGCGUGGAGUUUAUUGAUGUGGUGCCGAAGAAUCCAAGCGGCAAGAUUUUGAGGCGUUUGAUGAGAGAUAAAGAGAAGGCUAAGUUGAAGAAGGAGGGUGCGAGGUUAUAA